UCCUACAACGGCCAAUCUAGAUAUUUAUUUUCAAUUUGGGCAAUAGGGGCUCUGAUUCCUAAACUGAUCAAUCGCCACUUUACAAUUAAUGCUCUUACGAUUAAUGUAGAACCUGAACCACUGGAAGUGAAGCGCCAGCAGACAGAACUACGAUAUGACAGCACUCUAGCCAAUUUGCUUUGAGUAAGAUACGUCCAAUUACAAAUCAAGGCGAUUAACUGCAGACUAGCCAUGGAUGCAUCAAAUCCAGGUAGACAAGCUCUACUGCCAAAGCCGAAGGACGGAAUCAAGAAGAAGUUUGUUAUAUCAGCGAUGAUCGUUUCCAACUUUAUUGCCUGGUCAUGUUUAUCGUUGAUGGCUCCAUUUUUUCCAAUCGAGGCCAAGCAGAAAGGAUUAGGGGAAACUGUCAUAGGGCUAAUCUACAGUAGCUCGGAAUUGGUGAUCUUCUUGAUGUCCCCGCUGAUGGGACGUUUGAUUUCUACAGUCAGUCCACGUUUCUUCUACAUUACCGGUAUUUUGGUGAUUGGCGUGACAGGGAUUCUCUUUGGGGUGUUGGACAAGUCUCCACCAUACGUUCCCUUCAUCGCCACCUGUUUUGCUGUCAGGAUGAUUCAAGCAACGGGAGUCGCGUCAUUGAUAUCUGCAUCUUUCAUGAUAGCAGGCCAAAACUAUCCCGAUAACAUAGGGACUAUAUAUGGUAUUUUGGAGACGGCGGUUGGCCUAGGCUUUAUGGCAGGGCCAGCGAUGGGCGGAGGAUUGUACCAGUUAGGUGGAUACGGUCUUCCAUUCUGGGUUCUUGGUGGCUGCACAUUUGCUUGCGGACUAGCAUCCUGGAUUCUGUUGCCAACUAAACAGAGAAAACAGGAAUGCAGUGCCACUGAUGAUAAAGUUCAGUCUGUCUGGACCAUCUUCACAAGUCCAUGGGUCUGGUUUGGAAGCUGUACGAACAUCUGUGCUUAUGGCUCGGCCUUAAUAUGGAUGCCUGUGUUAUCGCUGCGCUUAAGCGAGUUUCAUCUAAGCCAGGUUGCAAUCGGUCUAUUGUACACUAUCCCUCCAGGGAUGUACGCCAUUACGACUCCCUUUUGGGGGUAUCUUAUUGACAGGAAGAUUCCACCCAUCGUCUUGAUACUCGUCGGCCUUAUUCUUCUUUCGAUUAUGUGCUUGGUGUUUGGACCCGCUCCCUUUUUGCCAUUUGUACAUAAUGAUAUGGUGACAUGUAUAGUGACCUUAGUGUUGAUGGGCUUGUGCAUGGGACCGGUGAUCAUCAGCUCCAUCAAGUGCAUGGUUGAAGGAGCAAGGGACCUUGGUUUCGUUGCAAAUGGUGCCAACUAUGGUGUUGUAGGAGGAGUUGUCCAAUCCUCAGUUUGCUUGGGCACGCUGAUCAGUCCACUGCUAGGAGGUUCCCUCACCGAACGUUUUGGAUUUGCCUGGAUGAUGGUAGCAGGAGCUAUCAUUGCCUUGAUACCGAUAGUAUUUUUUAGUCCUUUUCUGGUGUACGUUGCUUAUGACAAGUGCAAAUCAAAGGCUGACAAGAAGAAUUAUGAUACAUUGAAUGGAGAGGUAAUUGCAAACAACGACAUUGUCAUGACAACGUUAAAGUGAUCGGAGUACUAUAAUCUGAGUCCAUAUUGCUUACCAGUGACAUCUGUACACUGAAUGCAACUUACAACAGCUAAUACAAGAAACCUUUCCGAAUUAACUUUAACUUUCGCCUCGAUUAUGAACUAUGAAUAUUGUGUUUUGUGUGCUUGUUGUUUAACGCCGCACUCAGCAAUAUCCCAGCUAUAUGGCGGCGGUCUGUAAGUAAUCGAGUCUGAACCAGACCAUCCAGUGAUCAAUACCAUGAGCAUCGAUCAACGCAACUAGGAUACGAUUACAUAUGUCAACCAAGUCAGCGAAGCCUGAACACCCGACCACGUUAGCCGCCUCUUUCGACAAACAUGUCUGUCUGAAGACGAAUUCUGACAAGGAUCUUCACAUGUCUGAACACUGUGUAGUCAAUGCCAUACGCCAGCACACAUCGGUGUCAUGAAAACAGGAUACAUCAACGAUCUGUCGUCACUUUGGACUUUCCUCGUGUUUGAUGAUCACGGUACGCACAUCGCAA